AUGAGGUUAGAGAAGUGUUAUUUCUGUGGAGGUACUGUGUACCCUGGUCAUGGUAUCAUGUUUGUUAGAAACGAUGCCAAACUCUUUAGAUUCUGCAGAUCAAAGUGUCACAAGAACUUUAAGUUGAAGCGUAAUCCACGUAAGACCAGAUGGACCAAGGCAUUCAGAAGAGUUGCUGGCAAGGAGAUGACUGUUGAUAAGACAUUCGAGUUUGAGAAGAAGAGAAAUAGACCAGUCAAGUAUGAUAGAGAUUUGGUGUCAACUACUAUUAAGGUGAUGAAGAGAGUGGACGAGAUUAAGCAGAGAAGAGCACAGCAUUACUAUGACGCGAGAAUGAAGCCUGCAAGAAAGUUGGAGAAGCAACAGGUGCUGCGAGAGAUCGAUCAGCACAUCGAUAUCAUUCGUGCACCAUCCGCUUUGAACAAGAUGAAGGAGAAGAUUCUGGCCAACAAGGCCAAGCUGCAGAAGCUCCAGACUACCAACUAA